AAGAGUAAGGAGGACAAGAGGCUGCAAUUAAUUGGCUGCUUCGGCAACGUAGACGGAGGCUCCAUCCGUUCGCUCCCCCAGAGCUGGUUUGCCCUACGCAGCCAACGAUCAACAAUUGCCGUGGUGGAUCUCGAUCAGGAUGAGAGCGAAGGGGGUGGUAGAGGGGAGGGAGGCCAUCCUGGCGAAGAUGCUGGGCGAGGGUGGAAUCGGGUGAGGAAGGCCGAAGGAGGGCGAAGGAGGGCUGGAAUAGGAUGGCAGUGGAUAGUAGUGGGGUGAGAUGGGAUGAACAAGACAGAAGCACGAGAGAGAGAGAGAGAGAGAGGAGAAAUUCUGGCAUCCAGCGCAUAGCGGGGUACGCGCAAGCGCCGCGACGCUCCUCGACGCCACAUCAAACGUAGCGGCUAUAGGUUAAAUCCUCGUAUCCGUUUUUGUUGUUUUUCCCACGGUGCCUCCUGAUCCCGCCUUCAAAAGUACGCUUGGACCAAUCGCGAGUACGGCACCGGGACGCUCGCCGUCGGGACGCCGACGUCACCGAUCGCCUCGUCGUCACAGUCGACGUUUCUUAACAGGUCGACUACUCGCCCGGCGUCAUCCGCCAAUGCCAGCGUCGUUGUCGUCGCCGUCGCAUCCCAAAAUCAUCAUCUCCUUACGUUCCUUCCUGCCGUCGAAGAUCACGUCUCCCGUAAUUCGUCAUCUUAUUUUUAUCAUCGUCCUUCUCGGUCCUUCUGGACCAUCGAUCCACCGAUCGGCAACUAUCGUCCAGAGCUCGAAAUCGGUCCGCGCACCUCCGGGUCCACCUCCGGGUCCACCUCCGGGUCCACAGGAUAAUCGUCACUGGCAAGAAGUCAUGAACGGAGCGACUUCGUGUGGACCGUCGGAUGAUCAGCAUCAUCAUCCACGUCAACAGUCGCAAAACGAAAGCAGCUCGGAUCGUCCCAGAAGUCCCACGACUCCGCUCAGCAUACGUCACGAUUCCGGAGAGAGCAGCGUGAUCUCGCCAGGAUUGCCAGAGCGCUACAGUCCGCUGGGAGCGACAGGAUCAGCAUCCAGUCACGAUCCCUACGCAUCCCGUUCGGUCCAGGAAUGUCCGGUUCCCCUUUGUCGCGGGGUGCCUACCGACUUCCCUCUGGCACGGUCGCCCUACCUCACCGCCCUGGGCAACGGUCAUCCUCAUCUCCUUGGUCAGAGCCAGCAGCAGCAGCAGCAGCAACAGCAACCCCAACACGGCAAUAAACCACCCCGUAGCCUUGGACUCAUAUGUGUCGUAUGUGGUGACACGAGUUCCGGAAAACAUUACGGUAUCCUGGCCUGUAACGGAUGCAGUGGUUUUUUCAAAAGAAGCGUCCGCCGGAAGCUCAUCUACAGGUGUCAGGCAGGAACUGGAAGAUGCAUAGUGGACAAGGCUCACAGGAACCAAUGUCAGGCGUGCCGUUUGAAGAAAUGUAUGCAGAUGGGAAUGAACAAAGACGCUCUCUCUCUCUACCUAUCCGUACGGCCGCUCUGCGAAGGAGGACGACGAGUCCCCAUUACGCGACGCAUCCUGCAGAAAGCCGUUCAGAACGAGCGACAACCCAGGAACACGGCGACCAUAAGACCGGAGGCCCUCGUGGAGAUGGAUCAGGAACGGGCACUUCGCGAAGCUGCCGUCGCCGUUGGUGUCUUUGGUCCACCCGUUUCCCUGGCGAUGGCCAGAUACGCCACACCCUUACCCCUACCGGCCGUAGCACCCACGUCGAAUUCAACGUCCACCGCGACUCCUCCCCGUCAGGACGUCGACGACGGAAACGGAUCCGAGGACAGUAUAGACGUGACCAACGAGGAGCCGCUGACACCCCAACGGAGCGGAUGUACCCAGCUGCCACCGGUGGUCCCGUCCCUCUACUCGCCAGCCAGCGCAGAAACGGUGUACGAGACGAGCGCGAGACUCCUCUUCAUGGCCGUCAAGUGGGCCAAGAAUCUACCGUCGUUCGCCAGUCUGCCAUUCAGGGACCAGGUCAUCCUCCUCGAGGAAGCGUGGUCUGAACUCUUCCUCCUGAACGCCGUGCAGUGGUGCCUCCCUCUGGAGUCCUCGCCGCUCUUCAGCGCUGCUGAACUCACGGCACUCACCCUCUCGCCCCACCCCCACUCCCACCACGGCAUGCAUCAUCUUCAAACAGGGAAGCCUAGUCAGGUCGCUGCCGACGUGCGACAUCUUCAUGACACUCUUCAGAGAUACAAGGCUGUUUUGGUCGACCCUGCUGAGUUCGCUUGUAUGAAGGCCAUCGUACUCUUUCGACCAGAGACACGUGGCCUCAAGGACUCGAGUCAGAUCGAAAAUCUGCAAGAUCAAGCUCAGGUGAUGUUGGGUCAACAUGCGCGCGCGCAGCAGCCCGGAAGUCCGGCGAGAUUUGGCAGACUACUAUUGUUGCUGCCGCUCUUGAGAUGCGUGCCGGCUGCCAGGGUGGAGCUGAUCUACUUUCACAGAACCAUCGGCAACACUCCCAUGGAGAAAGUACUAUGCGACAUGUACAAGAAUUGAAGCACUUCCUGGGUCCGAACCAAGAUGGACUCUCGUCCCGAAACGGAAGACAACAUCGUCAUGCCCGACGACCGAUGAACUAUUCGAAAUGAACGUUUCAAGGCUGUGACGUAAAAUUCGAUUCUCGCGAAGGCGUCGUCGCGCUUCUCUUCUUUGUUCUUUCGCGUGUUUAAACGAGAGCGAGAGAGAGAGGGAAGGACACGGGAUACGUGUACGGUGAGGUUUAUUUACAAUUAGUGCUUAACGGCCACGGCCUCCUCUACCUUGAGUACUUAUGAUGUAUGAUAUAGUCUUUAAAGUUCCAACACUUAAGGGUACACAUUAAGGUAUUAAACGCAUGGCAUCUAAUCGGCACAAGGAACGAUUUAACGAUUAAAGAUAUUUAUGUAUUUAUUUAUUAUAUAACUAUUUACUCCAAGCUAGGACUUAACGAUGUCGACGAAUAUUACAGUGGUACAGGGUCGGAGAAGAUGUACGAAUGUUUUCUUCGGAUUGUCGCCAGGCGAGUCUGAGGGGACGAAAAAGAAGAUGAAAAAUAUUAAAUCCCGUAAUGCAAUAGAGAGUUAACACGCGCGGACGCUAUAGAGCGUCGAUUCGAUGACCGAUCGGAAGUAACAUUAUUUUACUGGCGCUCUUUGAAUACCGUCGAAUUAAAUUCACGGUGGCGGACAUUUUUGUCAAUUUCAAUUAAGAGGCGAUCACUUGCAAUGUCACACAUAUGUCUGAUCUUCACGCUGUAAACCUACCUAACGACACACGGAUAGCUAAUCGUGCGCCAGCGUCUAAAAAGUCAUUUUAGACGUUCACCCUGUAUAUUUCGUGUUGUGAUACUGUUGUUGUAAAAUUGUACGUACCUAUCCGGUGAUACAUAUUGUAACGGCUACGUUUUUUUGUCCUUAUAAUAAAAGUAAGCACAACCAGAUGGAUCGGUCGGUUUUUCAUUAGAGCGAAUAUAUUUUUAUCAUAAGAUUAGUAAAAUUAUUCGAAUAGCGAUGCAAGAAUGCGGAUUCGCAUAGCUAUGGGUAUAUCCGGGGGAUCGUUUUCACGGUGGUUGUGCAAAGGUACAUAUUUAUUUAUCGCCAUGUAAUCCCUGACUCCCCCGUGCACGGGGGUUGCCACAUGGCAGUUUGACGGUCCCUGCGGUACCCACGGCGCUCAUAAAUUACAUCGAGUUGAGCGAGGUUUAAGGGGCUGCUUAAGUUGUCAAAGCCGUCGGGGAGUUAAACGGUAGAAUAAGGGUGCUCGGAUUAAUGCGUUUUCAAUUACGCCCUUUUGCAAUUUUCUGACUUUACGAAUAUAUACAUACAUACACAUCCCCCGCAAGAAGCCCAAGAUCUUCGUGCAACUUGGAGCCCGCCAAAAUAAUCCUUAUUCAAAAUUCAAAUUUUUUAAUAAUCGAAAAAAAAUUGUAUCUGUUCAAAA